AUGACAGUCUAUAGCAAAACAGCCGACACUGGGCCGACAGCAGGCUUCUUGGACGAAUGGAUGGUUGGAUGGCAUGACCGUCAAGCUGACUCCUCGGUUCAUAGGAACAUCGAUCAGCAUCAAGUAAUACGCACACUCAAGUGCCCGAGCUUCAUCCGAGCAAGGGUAUUGGAACUCAGCGCUCGCAUAAGGACUACUUUCGAAAUGGCGGUGACGGGAAAGCAUUGA